AUGGGGGCCCUGCCGAUGACCCUGUCCAGACAGGCACGGCCCUGCAGACCACACCGCAUGCCUGUGAGGACACCUGCAGCCCAGGGGGAUCGAGGAGGGGAAAGGGCUCCAGGCGGUAGUCUAGCUUUGCAGCCAAGCGUGGAAUCCUCUUCCCUUCACUUCAUCCCCAUCCUGGCCCUCAGCAAGCCCCUGGCCGAGGGCGACAAUCAUGCAGGGUUCCAUGCGGGGCCACGCGUGUCUAGUGACCGCCACACUGGACGGCGCACGCAGACCCCAGAGGGCAAGAGUGGAGUGAGACGCCUGGCGCUACGCGCCAGCCAAUGGCCGCCCGAGCCGUGGACGCGUCGCGGACGGCGUGCGCCCGGGGACUACAAGUCCCAGAGUGCCCCGCGCGGGCGGCGGCAACGGUCUGAGACGGCGGCCGGCUGGGCCAGAAAACUCGCUCCGGGCGGGCGCUCCCUCUGGUGCCCAGGGUCGCGGCCCCUCUGUGGCCCCGAGGGCCCCGGAGAACGCGCGGUCCCGGCCUCUCGAGCAGGGCCGAGCCCUUCCCGCCGCCUCCCCGGGCCUGUGAGAUGGCCGGCUCUCUCACCCCCGAGCCUCAGUCUCCCCAUCUGUGAAACGGGACCGACUUUGAAGGUGAAGUUAGACCCGCAGUGCGCGGCCCCGCCUCAGGCCGACCGGGUCUCACGGGUCGGAGCGGCAGAGCCGGGGCCGGGCAGUGGCCGUGCGGGGCCGGGCAGCCGGCGCGAGGACUCGGGAGGCCUGCACGCCCAAGAGCCGAAGGGCCGGCGCCCGGGUCUAAGGUCACCCGUGCCCCGCGGACCCUACGCCUUGGUCCUCGCCUGCGGGGGCGUAGACGCGGUCGUCACCACACAGCAAAGCGUUUCCCCGGCGGCGGGGUGUGCUUCAGGGGACAGGUCUCCAGGACAGACACCUCCCGAGAGCGGGGCAAUCGGGUAUGAGGACGCUCCGGCCACGCCGCACCCUCAGCCGGCCUCGGGGUGUGGAGGGAAGGAGGGGAAAGUGAAGAACACCUCUUCUGAGACGACCACCUGCAGAGCCUGCUUCCCGCCUACACAGCGCGGCCUGGAAUGCGGGCACAGUGUCCCAGAGCAGCUGCGGGUGGAGCCUACCCUCUGCCCCAGCUGUACCACAGACUCAUCAUCACAGGAGAAACCAGCCCCUGCUUCCUCCCCCGGGGCUGACACCAUUCCUAGCUGUGUGACACUGACCAGUGACACCUUCUCUCGGCAUGUUCUCCAAAGCAGCAAUGGAGGAGACAAAGGCCGCUGAGUGCUGUGAGCCUGCCCAAGAGCAGAUGGGAGGGCGGCACACUGCUGCCUCGUCACCUAUAUGAGGCAGUGUCACAGGGAGGAAGUGUGCUGGGAAGAGGCUGGCAAGGGCCCAGCACCCAGCAGAGAUCCGACCAAGAUAGGAACAUCGCCCACCACCAUUUAAGACCAGUCGUGGCGUCACAGCCCCAGGCUCGCCCCAGGCUCUUAGAAAACCGACUCCAGCAUGAGACUUGUAACAGCCUCCCAGCCACUUUUGCAGGAGUGGCAAAAAAAGAAAAAAGAAAGAAAAAGAAAGAGAAAAAAGUAAAAGAAAAUCCGUGAUGGGAGUGUUUGAUUGUU